UUGGUUGUUGAAACUCCCCUUUUACUUUAAAAGUCUGUGCCAGAAACUGCAAAUCUACAAGUGCUUGCAGACUUUCAAAACAGUCAUCUUACAUGUACUACCAGUAUAUUUGCUUAUGUUAUUUGGUACAGGAUUAGAUACAAUAGGUUAGAAUGGCUGCUUUUGUGUUGCUCUUCUGUCUUUUCUGCCUGGCAUCAGCAGAGGCUGGGAAGAUUUUAGUAGUUCCUUCAGAUGGCAGCCACUGGACGGGUAUGAAGCCUUUGGUGGAGGAGCUUGGCCGUAGAGGAAACCAGGUGGUGGUUGUCAUCCCAGAAGCAAGUCUGAGUAUGGGUCCGUCUCAGCACACCACAACUCUGACUUAUCCUGUGCCCUACACUAAAGCUCAGAUACAGGAGAUUGUGAAAGCCGGUGUUACGACUCUGAUAAGUACUCAUGUAUCUACAGAUCUGGCCAGGUUUCAGAGUUUCAUCAACAGAAUGGAUUCGCUUAGUAAUAUUAUAAUCCGUAGUGCUGAGGGUUUACUCUCCAACAAGAACUUGAUGAAGAAACUGCAAGACUAUAACUUUGAUGUCAUUCUCACAGAUCCAUUUGAGCUUGUUGGAGUUUUUGCUGCAGAAUAUCUCUCAGUUCCUGCCAUUUACAUACAAACAAGUCAUCCUUGUAACGUUGACGUUCUUGCCAGUCAAUGCCCAGCUCCACCAUCUUAUGUUCCACAUAUUUUAACUCACUUUUCUGACCGCAUGAAUCUCUGGCAAAGAAGUGUAAACUUUGUAAGGACUCUUGUUCAGCCCGUGGCCUGCAGACGGUUGUUCGCUCGUGCAGAUGAAAUCGCUUCACGUGUUCUUCAGAGAAAAACAUCUAUAAUGGAGAUCAUGAGCCGUGCAGCUCUCUGGUUUGUGCAUUCUGAUUUUGCUUUGGAAUUCCCUCACCCAUUAAUGCCCAACAUGAUCAUAGUUGGAGGAAUGGACAACAGGAAAGCAGAACCUUUGUCAAAGGUAAGUCUACUAACAGCUGUUGUAUCAAAACAGUUAUUGGUAAACCAGCACUGUUUCUGUGAUUCCCAUCAAAUAUUAAGGGGGAAAAGGAGUAAUACCUCCACUCCAUCAUCACAAACCUAA